AUGCUCUCCCCAACCACCACCACUUCCUCCGACCAACUCUGCCACGACCUCGUCACCCACCCCUCCCACUUCGAAUACCGCUACACAGGCGAAUCCGACCGCCGCCUCCGAGAAACACUCUUCCGCAGCCUCGCCGCCAACAAAGACGCCUACCUCCCCCUCUUCUUUCCUUCGGGGCUACCCCACGACCGCUCCCAACCCUGGUCGCUCAAACAAGCUCAGGGAGCGGAAGAAGGGGCGGAAUACACCCCUGCUGCUCGAGGUACAGCCUGCGGUCAUAUCUUCAGAAGCGGGGAGAGUACAUAUCACUGCAAGACGUGUGCUGCGGAUGCGACGUGCGUGUUGUGUGUGCGCUGUUUCGAGGGCAGCGAGCACGACGGGCAUAAUGUCUUUGUCAGUGUGAGUCCGGGGAAUAGUGGAUGUUGUGAUUGCGGCGACAAGGAGGCGUGGAAGAGGGAGGUGAGGUGUGAGAUUCAUUCUCAUCUCAGUGCUGAGGCGGAGGGGGAGAGGAUGGGCAAGGAGAAGAAGAAAGCUGCUCAGGGGGUGGAGGGAGGGUCGAGGUUACCGCCUGAGUUGCUGGAGGCGAUGCAUGUGACUCUUGGACGAGUGGUGGACUAUCUAUGUGACGUGUUUGCUUGCUCGCCUGAACAGUUGCGACUUCCCAAGACGGAAGACUCGAUCCAACUCGAUGAGCGAUUAUCUCGACUAGGGCCCGCCUACGGCUCGGAGCCUCAAGAAGCAGAACCCGAAUACGCUCUCGUCCUCUGGAACGACGAAAAGCACACCGUAGACGAUGUGACUAGCCUUGUCGCACGGGCCUGCAGCAAGUCCCGUAAGUUCGGCCGAGCGAUUGCGAUGGAGGUCGACGAGGUGGGAAGGUCGACUGUACACUACUCGAAGGAUAUUAAGGAGCUUCUUCGCAUGGCUGGGAUACUGGAACAGAUCAAACUCACCACCACCAUUCGCAGUGCAAGGGAUACGUAUAGAGAGCAGAUGUGCUCGACCAUCGUUGACUGGAUUUCGGACAUCUCCGGUUGUGCGGUAGGCGAUGAUGCAUAUGUGCUCCGAAAUAUCGUCUGCGAAGAGAUGCUCCAACCAUGGCAGACUGGUAGUGCGGCGCCGAAUGUGGAUGUGGGAAAUGCGGGCUUGGACGAUCAUGAACUGGAGGAGAAUGAGAAGACGCGGGCCCAGUAUCGACAAUAUAUGCGUCCGCUUGUCAUGCAGGGCCAGGACGGAGGGGUGAGGAUCGUGGUCCCGACUGCUGAAGUGGAGAUUGAGGAGGAUGAUGAUGAGGAUGACGGUGGGGGCGAAGAAAUCGAGGAUGAAGAGGAUGAGAAUGACGGGUAUGAUGAGAUGGAUGGGGUGGAGGUGGAUGUCAGUGAUAUUCGAGAAGCGGCUAAUGCUGCCAUGGCUUUGGCGCAGGCCGAGGCGGCGGAUAUGGAUAUUGAUUUCAUGGACGAUAACGAGGAUGUCACGGAGCAUUUGGAGGCGACGAUUGCGGGAUAUCCUCCUCCACCUCCUCCGCCGCGGGAGGGUACAAGACAGCGGCGUGUCUUCACGCCAGCCGAUAGUGACGAUGGCGAGGUAGCUAUUACAGAAAACAGCACUAGACCUGAUCCCGGCGCGCCUUAUGCCAUCCUCCCCAAGACACCCAAAACGAAAGGUAUGCCCAACAAACGCGCCCUCACCCGCCCCUCACGCCACUGGCUCGAGAAGCCCUCGGGCUUCCGCUCCCGCCCAAGCGAACCGUGCGAAGACCUCUGGCAGCGCGUCCGCCUCGACUACCUCAUCCUCUACGACCUGCGCCUCUGGAAAAUCCUCCGCAUCCACCUCCGCCACCUCUACAUCACCACCGUCGUCACCCUCCCACACUUCAAACGGAUCUUGGGCUUGCGAUUCGCGGGUUUAUACACGACGCUCUCCCAACUCUACCUCAUCGCCGACCGCGAACCAGACCACAGUAUCAUUAACCUCUCCGUGCAAAUGUUGACGACCCCGUCGAUUACGGAGGAGGUGGUGGAACGAGGAAAUUUCUUCACAAACCUCAUGGCUAUCCUCUAUACCUUCCUCACAACCCGCCAAGUAGGCUUUCCCGAGGACGUGCAAACCCGCGCCACGCUCGCCUUCGAAGCCGGCGCCGUAACGAAUCGCCGGAUCUUCCAUUUCUUCAUGGAUCUGAGAUGGCUAUGCCAGAGCGAACUGAUCCAUAGAAAAUUAAGGACGGAGCAGCGGUAUCUUCUGCAGUUUUUGGAUCUGGCUAAGUUGCAUCAGGGCGUUUGUCCGAACGUGCGGUAUACGGGCGAGCACGUCGAGUACGAGAGCGAUGCGUGGAUCUCGGCCAGCAUGAUUGUGAAGGAGGUCAAUAGACUCUGCAAACAGGUCGCGGGGUCCUUUGGGCGGAAAGCCGGGGAUGAUGAGGAUGGGCAUUUGCAGCGUGCGCUCAGGACGGUGGCGCAGGUGACGAUGAUUAAUUCUUUUGGCUACGAACGUAGGCGUUUCAUCGCGGCGGAGUUGAAGGAUGAUUUGGCGUGGCAUCUUGUCGGACCGUUUGAGAAGAGUGGGAGGUUGUACUCGGUGCCCCGGUGUCGCAUCCAGGCCGAGUCGAUGAGUUUCCAUCAUCCGUUGCAUUAUCUUCUGUCCUGGCUAUUGGAGGAGGGGAAGGAGAUGAGUCGGGAGGAGGUCAGGGCUCUGCUUACUUUUGCGCCGGCGGAUCUCAAGGACCCGUGGAAUGUGACGCGUACCAGUCCAGCGCCGAGUACGCUCACGAGCGAUGAGUUACUCAGUGGGAUUCUCGACGCACCGUUGAGGACGUACGUCUGGCUCGCGCAGAUGAAGAGCGGGAUGUGGGUGCGCAAUGGUAUCACGCUCCGGCAUCAGGCACAUACAUAUCGCAGCGUCAAUCAUCGCGAUGUCGGGUAUCAGCGGGAUUUACUGCUGAUUCAAACCGGACUGGUGCUUUGUGGGGCUGAGACCGAGAAGCCGGGGGAGAGGUAUCUUGCGCAGAUGAUCGAUCGGUUUGAGAUGACGAGGUGGUUUCAGGGGGAUUAUGGGGUUCGGGCCGGAUUUGAGGAAGGGCAGCAGUUGGAUGUGUUGGAGGACUUCUUCCAUUUGCUCGUUGUUUGUCUGAGCGAACGGGGUAAUCUGGUACCCAACAGCAGCAGCAGCAGCAGCAGCACCAUCUCGGCAUCAUCGGGAAGCCAGCAGCAUGCGCGGCAACAGCACCUCCAACACGAUAUCGCGCACGCUCUCUGCUUCAAACCGCUUUCUUACUCCGACCUUAAGAACCGCGUCACGGAUAAGGUGGGCGAUAGCGAGGAUUUCUCCGCCAUCUUAUCCGAAAUGGCGCAUUAUCGCGCGCCGGAGGGAAUGUCGGAUACCGGGACCUUCGAACUCAAACCCGAGUUCAUUGAGCUCGUGGAUCCGUAUUAUGCGCAUUAUAGUCGGAAUCAUCGCGAGGAGGCCGAGGGGAUCUACAAGAAAUACAUCGCUUCGAAAUCUUCUCGGGUAUCUGGUGCGGUGGGCCUAAAGGCAGAGGACGUGGUGUUUGAGCCUCGACUGCAGGUCAUCGAUCGGGGUUUGUUUGUCGAUCUGGCGGCUUUCACGCGGACGGAGUUGUUCGCGCAGGUGGUGAGUGCGGCGCUGGGGUUUGUGGUGGGCCGGAAGGUUUUCGCGCCCAAGGUGCAGGCGCCGCGGGCGGAGACGUUUGCGCAUAUGGUGUUGCAUUUGGUGGUUUUGGCCGUGAAUGAGGAGAGGGAUGGGGUGGCGGGGUUUGUGGAGUUGGCGGGUACGCCGUUGAGUGUACUUGCUCCCUCUGGGAAGGAUGGGGCAGCAGCCGGGGAGACGGUGGUGGGGUUGCUUGUUACGCUCGUCGGGAUGGAGGAGUAUUCGGCUUGUCAUCCUACUAUCCGACAUAUUCUACGCAAGAUGCAGGCGAGGCAGCCGGAGAAGAUGAGUUGGGUGGGGGUGGCGGCGCUGGAUGAUCGGUCCGGGACGGCGAGUCCGGCGUCGAUGGUCUCGGCGGAGGAUAAGGGGAAGAAGAAGGCGGAGGCGUUGGCGAGGCAGGCGAGGGUCAUGGCGAAGAUGAAGGAGCAGCAGAAUAGCUUUAUGCUUAACCAGGGGCUUACUGCAUUUGGCGGGGAUGACGAUGAUGGGGAGGAGGAUUUCGAGGAUCUGGAUGAUAUGAGCGUUACGGCCGACGACACUGGGACGGUAUCUGCAGUGGAACAUCGCAAGACCUGGGCGUUUCCGUCAGGGACGUGUAUUCUAUGCCAAGAAGACACGACGGAUGGCGAGCGACUCUACGGCACCUUCGCUUUUUUGGGUGAGAGCAGUCUCGUCCGCACAACACCCACCAACGAUCCGGAUUUCGUCGCCGAAGUCCUCACCACGCCGGCAAGUCUAGACAGAUCAGCCUCCGACCUCCGUCCCUUCGGCGUCUCGGGAAACAACAAACAAAUUUUCCACAAAACGGCCGUCGACGGCACAGUCACCACUUCCGAACGCCAGGGCUUGUCGAAGGGUUUCCCGCGCCAGCCGAGGAAGAGUAAGGAUCCCGUCGCUACGAGUUGCGGCCAUAUGAUGCAUUUCAGCUGUUUCGAGGAGUAUCUGAAAGCGACCCUCCGUCGCCAUACGACGCAGAUCGCGCGGUCGCAUCCUGAACGGGUGGAGCUGAAGGAGUUCAUUUGUCCGUUGUGUAAAGCGCUAGGGAAUACUUUCUUGCCUAUUAUUUGGAAACCUAAGAUGUGUGCUAGGGAAUGGGAGUUGCAUACUGCGAAGUCUCUGGGUGACUGGCUGUUGGAGGCGGAUCUGCAGGGCGAUUUGUCGUUUUUGGAGACGAUGCAUGCGGAUAUUGGCAGUGUGAGGGAGAGACAACGGCAGAUUUCGGAACAGUAUUCGGCUAGGAGCUCAAGGUAUGUCGCUGCGAACUUCGCUCCGGGGUUGGUGGAGAGCUUGAGGGAGUUGUCGCUUGAGGGCUCCUCUUCCGCGGCUAGUACGCCGCGGUACUCGUUACGGAGGGGGUAUAGUCUCUCGUCGCUCUUCCGGAUGGGGAGGCGCGAUAGCAGUCCUUCGGAUACAUUUGGUUCGCAUGCCAGCUUGUUGCCGCAUGGGGGUGAGCCGCCGCGCAUGGCGGAGUUGAUGAAAGCGUACCUUCGCGUCGCGGAAACAAUUCGUGAGAAUAAUCUCUGUGAUCCGGCGAGGAUUUUGGACGGGAGUGUCAACCCUGUUUCGCCGCUUUCCCGCGCGCUGGGCCAGUCGGUGGCGAGUUUCGAGAUCGCGCAUCGGGGGUCCGCUGGUGAUGUGGUGGGGACUUCCUUGCUGCAGGAUCUUUCGGAGCAGAAUCUUACGCAUUUGCGUGUGCUGGCCGAGACGGUGGAGUCUUUCCUUGCGGUCAGCGUCCUGAGGACUUCUUCUGCUGGUGUGAACAUCAUUGCCCAGGAUACUGUUAAGAGGAGGGAGAUUCUCACCGCGCAGCUUUUUGGUACGGAGACGGAGAUUGCUAUGAUUAAGCUUAGGGAGACGGGGGAGAAUCUUCUGUUUCAGGAUGAUAUCUUCUUGUUCUUCGCGGACUGGUUGGCUUUCAUGGCGCCGUCGGUGGCUGAGGCGAAUAGUGUCUUGCAACUCUGCUACUGGGCGGAGAUUGUGAAGACAGUGUUCGUGUUCAAGGGGGUGGUAAAAGGUCUCGGCGACAAUUCGCACACCCAGGAGCCUGUCAGCGAGCCAUUCAAGCUCGCGGUCUCAGGCAUCGCAAUGGAAUGGGAUCGCUUCGCCAUGCCAUUGACGGAAGCUCAGCUACAGAAUAUGCGCGUGAUCGUGGACAAGUACGCGCUGGCAUUCCUCCGCAAAGCCAUUGUGCUCAUGCACGUCCGGUACGGCCUGGACUACGAGUGUCCCAAGGACAUCAAGCUCGAAGCGCCAGAACUGUCCCGUUUGACGGCUCUCCUCCACAUACCCACCAUCGACGAUCUCAGCACCCUGUACACCACCUCUACCCCACCAAGCGCCAAACUCCGCCUCCUAACCAAACGCUGGGUUAGUCAAGCCACGACGAUGUCCGAACACGAACCCACCUCCAUCACUCUCUCCCACCCGGCAAUCUACGAACUGAUCGGCCUCCCCAAAAACUACGAUACCCUCACCUCGGUCGCCUUGAAAAGCAGCUGCCCGACAACAGGAAAAGAACUCACCGACCCAGCCAUCUGUCUCCUCUGCGGCGCCAUCUUCUGCUCCCAAGCAGUCUGCUGCAUGAAGGACAAAGACAAAGGUGGCUGCUACCAGCACAUGGCCACGUGCGGAGGCAAGAUCGGCCUCUUCAUCAAUAUCAGAAAGUGUAUGGUUCUCUUCAUGCAUGGGCCCGCGAAUGGGAGCUGGAGCCAUGCGCCGUACUUGGAUCGGCAUGGGGAGCCUGAUCCGACGUUGCGGAAACAUCAUCAGUUGUUUUUGCAUCAGAGGCGGUAUGAUCGGUUGUUGAGAGAGGCGUGGCUGGGGCAUGGCGUGCCGAGUUUGAUUUCGCGGAAGUUGGAGGCGGAUAUCAACCCUGGAGGAUGGGAGACGCUGUAA